AUGCGCGCUGUGGCGUUGAUGGCCGCGCUGGCUGCGCUGGCAGCCUGCCGGCCUGCCGCCGCCUCCUCGCCCAACUCCACGGAGCCGGAGCGGUACGGGGGACCUCUCCAGCGGGAGCCCGAAGUCCGGGAGGGUGAGGCCGUGCCGGGUCCCGACUACGAGGAGGAUGAGGAGUACGAGGAGGCGCCGCCCGUGCACCAGUACAUCGUGGACGACUUGAUCCGAGUUGAACCCGUGGUUAAACCCAAGCCAACAAAGAGGGGGGGUGAGAAGAAUGCCGGCAAACCAAGAAGGAAGAAAAACAAAGGGAAAAACAAAAAGAAAGGGACUCCCUGUGAAAUGGAAUACAAAAACUUUUGCAUCCAUGGGGAAUGCAUAUACCUAGAGCAUCUGCAGAUGGUGACCUGCAAGUGUCAUCAGGACUUUUUUGGCGAGCGCUGUGGGGAACAAUUCAUGAAGACUCAGAGGAAGAAUGAUGUGGCAGACUACUCGAAGACUGUGCUGGUGGUGGUGGCUGUCCUGCUCUCCAGCAUCAGCUUCGUUGCUGUGCUUGUCGUUGUGAUAGUGCAGGUCAGAAAAAAGUGUCCUCAGUAUGAAGAGAAGGAAGAAAGGAAAAAACUUCGACAAGAGACUAGAAAUGGCCAUGUUGGUGUGUAA